AUGAGUGCCAAUUCAGAUGAUGAAAUAUGUGCUGGCUGCGACGAAAGUUUGUGUAGGACUUGUAAUGCUAAACGUUUAAAAGAAGAAAAAUGGACAAGUGAAAAUGAUGUAAUCGAUAAAUUUAUACGCCAAAUUCAACUUGAAGCACCUAGUCCUGAUAAAUUACUAGAGUGGGUUCCAUUUAGUGAUAUCUCUAAAAUUAAAUUUCUUGCCAAAGGCGGUUAUGGAUGUGUAUAUAAAGCUGUAUGGGAACUUGGCCCUAUUAAAUAUUAUGAUAGCGAUACUCAAAAUUGGCACAGAGCCGGAAAAACUGACGUUGUUCUAAAAUGUAUAAAGAGUUUAAAUAAAGAUAGUAUAACUAAUGAUUUUUUUGAAGAGAUUAAAGCUCAAAUUACCUCAUUCGAGGAUUUUAGUAAUAUUAUUAGAUAUAAAACUCCAAAAAUUAUUGUUGAUUUGAUCAAACGUUGUUGGAGGGAAAACCCAGUUGAUCGGCCGACUGCUAUUAACUUGGUUGAUGAGCUUCAAAGAUGUAGGCAAGAUGACCAUGAAAUUUGGACUGAAAUUGAAUCCAUUGAAGAAAAGAUGAACUUUGGCAUUCCACAAAAUGAGCCUUGUUUAGAUUACAAUACAUCAGAAAUUUAUGCUAGUAAAACAAUUAAUGUUUCAAAGGAAUCAGUAAGCAGUUUUAGCAAGCUAACUAUUGAAAUCCCAUCAGAACCAGAUAGUUAA